UCUUGGGGAUUAAUAGGAGGCAGGAGGAGGGAGAGGUGCACACAGGAAAACACCCGGACCAUGAGGGCGGCCCUGGCGUUCCUUCUCCCGCUGGCGCUCGCGCUGGUGCCAGCGGCCGGCGGGCAGCGGCGGAAACCUCCCCGCAGACCCACGCGGCCGCCCGCGCCCUUCGAGGAGCCGGCGGAACCCACGGAGCUGCCCCCUCCCCUCCCUCCGGGCCCUCCGUCCGUCUUCCCCGACUGCCCGCGGGAGUGCUACUGCCCGCCGGACUUCCCGUCGGCGCUGUACUGCGACAGCCGCAACCUGCGCACGGUGCCGGUGAUCCCGCCGCGCAUCCACUACCUGUACCUGCAGAACAACUUCAUCGCCGACCUGCCCGAGGAGUCCUUCCGCAACGCCACCGGCCUCAAGUGGGUCAACCUGGACAACAACCGCAUCCGCAAGGUGGACAGGAAGGUGCUGGAGAAGCUGGAGAACCUCAUCUUCCUCUACAUGGAGAGGAACCAGCUGAAGGAGGUGCCCGCUUUCCUGCCGCCCAACCUGGAGCAGCUGCGGCUCAGCAGAAAUCAGAUCUCCAAGAUCCCCGCCGGCGUCUUCAACAAGCUGGAGAACCUGGUGCUGCUGGACCUGCACCACAACAAGCUGAGCGACGGCGUCUUCAACAAGAACACCUUCAAGGGGCUCAAGAACCUGAUGCAGCUCAACCUGGCCCACAACAUCCUGAGGAAGAUGCCUCCCGGCGUACCCAGCGCCAUCCACCAGCUCUUCCUGGACAGGAACAACAUCGAGGACAUCCCCAGCGAUUAUUUCAAGGAGUUUCCCAACCUGGCUUUCAUCCGGCUCAACUACAACCAGAUCUCGGAUAAGGGGCUGCCCAAAAACUCCUUCAACCUCACCAACCUGCUGGUGCUGCACCUGGCCCACAACAAGCUCACCAACGUGCCCUUCAUCAGCCCCAAGCUGGAGCACCUCUACCUGAACAACAACUCCAUCGAGAAAAUCAACGGCACGCAGAUCUGCCCCACCUCGCUGGUGUCCAUCCAGGAUUUCUCGCCCUCCGACCUGGACAGCGUCCCGCGGCUCCGCUACCUGCGGCUGGACGGGAACCUGCUGAAGCCGCCCAUCCCCCUGGACCUGAUGCUGUGCUUCCGCCUGCUGCAGUCCGUGGUGUUUUAGCCCUGCCUCGCCUCUCCCAGCCCCGGCUUCGCUCGGACGUUUCACCCCCGGCGCCGUUCGACGCGUGGGACCCUCUCUCCUCCCUCUCCCCCUGCUCUCUCCCCGCCUCCAUCCUCCUCCUCGC